AUGGCGGGUUUCCAGACGAGCGAUACGAUGCCCAAGUUCGGACACGUGACGGAUCUUCGCGAACAGUGGUUAGUUCGUACCGAUGGUGCCCUUGCCAACCGUCUACAAGAUCGUGAGAUAUCCUCUCAUCUCUGUGAGAACAGAUACCGUAAUCAACAGAUUCGUGAAGACUUUCCGAUCGCGUUGAACGAACAGAGAGAUAUUGAACAUGAGAUCCACUUGCGGGAGCUCACGCGUCGGCGUCAAGCCGAAAUUGAUGCUGAAAUUGCCCGAGAAAUGGCAGAGAUUAAUUUAAGGAGACAAAGACGGCAGCGAAGCAGUGAUAUGUUGCAACAACCCAGUUCUUCCCGUAGCGCAGCACCUGUACCCCUUCCAGGUCCACAAUCUAUGUCCGUACCCCUGCCGACUAAUGAUCUUAACCCAGAAGAAUUGGGUCUGUCACCUGAUGAGUUAGAACAAAUGAGACAGCGGCUAGAGCAAGAAGAGAAAGACGCAAGACUUGCAAGAGAAUUGAGUAGUAAAGAUAAUAAUCAAGAUGCUCUUCUAGCUGACAUGAGAUGUGCUGUAGAAGCCCAGGAUGGUGAACUAGCUAGACUACUUCAAGAAAGAGAGUAUAAAAAAUUACAAAAGGCCAAAGAAAAAGCAAGGCAAAAAGCUCUGUUAAAAAAGCAGCAGAGAAUGGCAACACAGCAACAACAGCAGAUGUUGCCUCAUGAAGAUGAACCACUACCCACUCCUCAAGCUACUCUUUGCGAUGCAUAUAGUAAUCCUCGUGAUAUCAUACGGGAGAAUCGGCUCAGGCUCUGUAAAUCUGUUGACUCUGACCUGAAUUAUGUUGAACCAUUUGAAAAAGAGUCAAUCCAAUCAAAGACGAGUGCUCUUCAGUCAUUAGAAAUGUCAAAACAGUAUUUUGCUGAUCAGUCUGAAGCUGGUACUUCAAGUAAUAAGAUGUCUCAUAAUCAUUCAAUAUCAUAUGACGAGAAGAGAGUGCCAUACAAUCCUACACCAAUACAACAUAGACAUCCUCCCCCGCCACCAACUACAAGCAAAAAACCUCGUUUUCCUGAUCCUGUUAGCAUCAGGCCAGCUUCACACUACCCUACAGAUAACCCAUUGCCUGAUAGUGGUCCGUCUGUAAGCAUACCUCACAGUUAUAGCGAGAAUAACAAUUUAUACAGUGCUACAUAUCCACCCGAUGUUAGUCCACCACAUUUGGGCCAAAACCGAAAUGACAACAGUAAAAGACUGUCCGUUAUAUCAGAUAUAACUGCGGAAGGUCUGGCCAAAAAGAAGAGUAAGCAAGCUGAUGUGAGUAAGAAACGUAAAGGAUGCAAGAUACAGUGA